AUGAUAAAACUAAUAAAACUAAUCGUCGAUCAUCUCAAUGUUGAUGAAGAAAUUUUGUUAUUAUUAUUAUUGGGUCAAACAUCAACAUUAAAUGAAGCUGUACUUGAUUGGCAACCUGAACAUGAAGGUCAAAGAGAACGUAGUCAUCAAGCUGCUUAUAAUAUUCUUGCUCUUCUAUCUAUAUUUCUUUCUCGUAAACAAGCAUUUCAUAUUAUUGCUGAUUCUUACGAACAAGCACUUCGUUUUUCAUUUGAACAUUUUCAAACAUGGUUUAAUUAUGGAUUAUCAUUAAUAUCAUCAGGUCAAUCAUUUCGUGCUUAUCUUAUAUUAAAACAAUGUUUAAGAAUGCAACCAAAAAAUCUUCAAGUUUAUUUACAACUUGCUAAAAUAAUUCUUGAAUAUAUAUAUGAUGUAGAUUUAAUUGAAUUAUUUAUUGAUCUUAUUGAUGAAGCAAUUAAUUAUUGUCAACAAGCAAAAGAACUUGAAAAUCCUCCAUUUGCUCGUUCACUUCUUCUUGCUAUUGCCAAAUCAUUUAAAGCUCGACAAACAUCAAUUCAUCAUGAUCGUCAAGCACUUUUUCAAUCAGCUAUUAAUGAUCUUCGAGAAUCUAUUGAACUUGAUCCAUAUGAUUCAAUAUCACAUUUUCAUCUUGCUCAUAAUUUAUCUUUUCUAAAUCAAGUUCUUUCAUUCAUUCUUUCUUUUUAGAUUUUAACUAUUGUUAAAAUUGUUUUGAAACGAUUAAAAUCAAUAUAAACGAUUGAAUAAAAUACAAAUUGAAUUUUUUUUUGAAUAUACACGAUUAAAUAAAAAAUACAAAUUCAAUUUUUGUUCGAUAAAGACUACUACGAUUUUGAUUUUCUCAUCUCAAAGUUUCUUACUUAGAAUCGAGUGAAUCUUCACCAAGUUUUACGAAGAUUUUUCUCGAAAGAAACUUUUCCAUUGUUUAUCUCACUAAGUUUAGAGAUAAACGCACGUCUCACUAAGUAGAAGACGUACUCGGUAUAUACACGUGCUAAAUCUUAGUGAGAAGCUGCUUUCAUUUAAAAUUUUAACGACUAACUUAAUCGUACUUUAUUUCAUUAUCUACGGCCUGGAAAAAAUCAGUCACAUCAAAAGUACUUUUUCAGCUAGUUUGAAGAAAUGCCGAAGCUUAAAAGAAGAUCUAUAUCUCAAAGAAAUGUCGAGAUAGCUAGGAGAAUGAGAGAAAGAAGAACUGAUGAUGAGGUUCGCUUGUUAGAUAAUAGAAGACGAGCAAAUUCUCAUAAAAUUGAACGACGAAAUAAUGAAUUCAAAACAGAAGAAAAUAAAAGAAGAGCCGAAGCUCUGAAAAUUGCACGACAAGAUGAUGAAUUCAAAACAGAAGAUAAUAAAAGAAGAGCCGA